UGGAUAAACAACAUUCCUCGUCGGUCGUCUGCAUAGAUACAAAUUAAUUAUUAAAUAUUUGUUGAACGUAUAUAUUUUCUUUAUCAUUAAAUUCAACUCUCUAAAAUAAUUAAAUUUUUACUAUAAAUUUAUUAAUAAAUUUUUUCAUACGUGUUACACAUAGAUAUAUUUUGCGUUAACACCUUCUUUCCUUCUGGGUCUUUAUUUUGAGAAAUUGACAAAAAACAGAUCAACAGCAUGUCAUCAAAAAUACAAGAUGAUAUACCUCUGGCAGAUGAUGAUCCUCAAGUCAUAAUCAAUGAUGAUCCCGAAGCAAACUCAAUGUCGGAAGGCAACACCUCCAGUAUGAUCCAUGGCAGAAGCAUGGAUUCAAUCCAGUCCACUUUUACUAAUGGUAGUUCCAGCCCUCAACACAACUCUUUAGAGCCUGACACAAGUCCUGAUGAACAGGAAGAAAAAGCUCGUCUUAUUUCACAAGUCUUGGAACUUCAAAACACCUUGGAUGAUUUAUCGCAAAGGGUUGAUAGUGUGAAGGAAGAAAAUUUAAAGCUUCGAUCUGAGAACCAAGUUUUAGGACAGUAUAUUGAAAAUCUGAUGUCUGCUAGUAGUGUCUUUCAGUCCACAUCCCCUAAAGUCAAGAAGAAUUGACUAUGAGCUAUGCACUAUUUCAAAAAUAAGAUUCAAAUUUGAUAUGUAUUUAUUCAUUGCCUUAAACCUCAUUGCCGUGCCAGUAAGUACAUUAUUAAUAUUUUUGAUAAAAUUUGUGGAGUUGAAAAUCACAAACUUUUGGACCGAGUUUUCGACAUUUUUUUCUUAUUAAUUUUUUUGUAAAUCUUGCCAAAGUUUCUAUGCCUGGUUAUUCUUUGUGUCAGGUUAAGGUUUAGAAUAAUCAAAUUUUGUUUUUGAAGUUUAUAAGUGAGUAGGUAUAUACACGUCUGGCAGCCUUAGACUUUUUCUAGUCUAUUGCAUUAAAAUUUGCCUGUAAGUUGUUCAAUUGCCAGACCGGUAUACAGAGGAGACCUAAAGUCCAUCCUCCCUGCCAGCUUGUGACACACUCCGGUAUUUACUUUGGACUAGUCAGUGCAUCUCAAAGUGAGCAGGGGUAGAAGACUUUAGGUCCAUGCUUUAUAAAAAAAAUUGUUUCAUUGCUUUAAAUGUUUUCAAACUGAAAAUUAUACAUUAAGUUUAUUUAGAUUAGAUUAGAAAAUCUUACCAAUUUGGACAAAGCCGUCACCUAUAUUAUAAUAAUUUUUUCUGUGCAUACAAAGACAGAAAGCAAUUUUGCAGCAAGAUAUAAUUAUUUUUUUUUUUUUUUGAACCUUAUAUUAUAAUAAAUAAUAAAAUAUAUCAAAAUUUAAUGUUUAAUGUUUUUUUAUCUCCAGAAAAUGUUUACAAUGUUUGAGUAUUUAACUUAUAUGAUUACAUGAUUAUUUAAUUAUUAUUUUACAUUACAGUUAAAUAUAUGCACCUAGAUGCUGAAGCAUCUGUAUGUGCAAUGUAAAAAAAAACAGAAAACCUACAGUAGGUACCCAACGAAACCAAAAACCCAAAGGCCAUCAAAUAAGUUGAUGGAGCCUGAAAUGUCAUUGACUAUUGAAAAAUUUAAUACCAUUGCACCUAUGAGAAGUUUCAUGAGUGACCUUAAAAACGUCAUAAGUACAUCUGAUGAUUACUCUUAUCAAGGAUUUAAACUCUCUGAUUAAUUUGCUCAACUGGUUGCUGAGAAAGAUGCUAAAUCUAUUACUGGUGAAGAUUUAGUAAUGGAUGUUGCAACUAUUUUAAUGAUACUUUAUGUGAGAGUAGAGGACCAAACUUGUAUUACAUGAAAAAUGAAAACACUAAAGGACGCUCAACUAUAACUGGAAAAAUAGAGGACAAUUAUAGUUUGAAAUCAAGAGCUGCAGAUUUAUAGGCUUUUACGUUGAUUGGGAAAGAAUUAGAAAAGGCGGUACAAAGAUUUAAAAACCUUAAUUUUAUUAAUAAACUCAUUGAGAAUGCUUGAUGGAUGUACUUAGAAUCUCAUAAACUCUUUUUAUGAUAUAGGCAACCGCCUUGUCCAAAUUUCUAAUCGGUUCGGAUUGUUACAUAGUCCAUGCUCUGGAUCUUUGGACGCCUAAGUUGCAUCAUAGUUGCAAGCACAUAUGCGGCACCUGGUAUAUGUGCAAAGCAAGCACUUCGAUAAUAUUCCUAGAAGGUUGCAGUGCAGAAAAACCAACAUUAUUUUCAGCUUCUUGUGCAGGAUUUGUUUGCAAAACACAUUCAUAUUUUAUAAAGUUGCUGUUCAUACGAGAACCAACAGGUGCAGGAUUUGUUGGCAAAAACGAAUCAACUUUUUUGGAAGGUUGAUGUCCAAGAUUUAUACGAGAACCAUGAAACUCCUGCAGGAUUUGUUACAGAAAACAGAUUACUAUAUCUGUAAGGUUCCUGAGCAGGAUGUGUUGUCAAAAGCAGACUCAUACUUCUGGCCUCGUUUCUGGCUGUCAAGAUUAUUAAAGUCCAUUCAUAAAGUCCAUAGACUUUUUCAAAAGCUUAUCUGAGAUUUUGGACGUUGAUUGGCCAAAAUUAGGGGGGCGACCAGUGCUCAAUCUAAACGAUUAGUUCAAGUCCCUAUUGAGGCCCCAAAAUCUAGCCAAUCAGCGUCCAGAAUCUCAGAUCACGCUCUCGAAAAAGUCUAUCGACUUUAUGAACAGACUAUACAUACAUUUCGUACUCCUGGACAAUAAAGCAUGUUUACUACUACUACUACUGGUUAGCAAGUGAAAGCCUGUGUUGAGUGUUGAUAAUGGUACCGAUGUGUACAUUGGGUUCGUGCAAUGGCUUGCUCAGGGCGUCGCUCUGACUUUGCAGGUGAUACUAGCAAUUUUAUGGGAGUGGCAAGUGUGGAAGAGCUCUAAACUAGCGGGAGACAAAUUCUGACAGUCUUUGAUACAUUGUGUAGCAGAAGUCAACUGGUCAUGAAUGCCAGACAAGUUUGUAUGUGCAAGAGUUUUGGGCGGCUCCUUAAAUCAGAAUUUAGGAAUUUUGUUCUCAUAGAAGCGCAUCAUAAGGCCAUGAUCUAUUCCUUUAUAAAUAUAUUGCACACAUGACAUGCUUAAUAGAGAUUGGUUAAUUACUAAUUGUCAGCUCGUAUUCAUUUAUCUUCAUACCUUUUUUUUAAUCUGUUUAAUUAUCAGUACCUAGUAGAAAAACAAAAUUUCUUGGAGCCUUGAAAAAAUGCUAGGCAUCAAGUUUUGGCAAGAUUAUUAAAAAGUACCUACAGAUUCAGGAUAAUGAUAUAGUUCUAAACCGAGUUGAAAACACUUGGCAAUUAAUAAUUUUUUCUAAAUUUUUUCCUUUAUUUUCCAUUUGUGGGAACUUUACAAGAAACCUUUGAUUGAAUUGAAUUCCCGACAUGCUGAGUCAAUACAAAACAUAACUUGGUCUUUGAUAAUCCAGGUCGUUAUGGAGGAGUAAAUGUUGAAAAUUAUAUUGAGUUUUUCUAGUUUAAUUUAAUUUUUAACUCCACAAAUGUUCACCUAUGUAAUGUGCCAUUGUUAUCUAUUAUAGUGAGUGAAAACAUCCUUUUUUUUAGAUUAUAAUGGGUCUUGAAAAGGGUGCUUUGAUUACGAAAACGUAUGUCGCAUCAUUGAUUCUUUAUUGGUCAGGAUUUUUGACAUGACAUUUUGACACAAAAUUCAAUGACAGAAUUGGAGAAAAAAUAUUGCUAAGACAUACGUUUAAAAAAUCAUAGCCAUUUUUGAUAUGGUUUUUCUUGAAGACCCGUUAUAAUGAUAUGCUUGUCUAGUAAUUUGUCGCACAUAUAGAGUUUAGAUAUUUCUAAUUCAACUCGGUUGGGUUCACCUAUUUACAUAAUUUCUAUAUCUAUUAAGUAUUAUACUAUAACAAUAACUAACUAUACAGUUAUUGCUGCAAAACUUCAAAUGAAUAUUGCUAAUGAAAAUUGCUGCGACUUUUUGUAUUCACUAAAAAGCUUUAAUUUACCACACCCUGACUGCUUAUUUGUUUUAUGCCUGUGAUUUUUUUAUAAAAGAGUUUUUAUAUUAAAUGUGAUUCCACUAGAUAAUUUGAAAUGUAAUAAUUAUUGUUAUCACAAAUAUUAUUUUAAUUAUUAGGUAAGUAUGUAAUUUGUGAGAAAUUUAAUAAUAAAUGUGCUUGUCAUAA